AUGCUACUGCUACGGCAAGUUCAAUUAAGGAAUUUUGUUUCUGAUAUAUCUGCAAAGGCUUGGGUUUUUCUUCUGGUGGCUGAAAAAUGGCGACAGCGAACCCAUUUGGUUUGUUGGGAGACGACGAUACGGAGGACAUGUCGCAGCUUAUGCACAAAAAAAAUCGAGCCGAACAAAGCCCUAGCUCCCUCGGCCGCGCCAAAGCAUCGGCCGCAAACUAAGCCGGCGGCGAAUGCUAGUGCCUCUGGGCAGGGAAAUGAGAUAAAACGUGAAGGAUCUGGCAGAGGUAACUGGGGAGCUCAGACUGAUGAAUUGGCUGAAGUUACCGAGGAAGUUGUCAAUGAAGGUGAGAAAAAUCUGAAUGAUGAGAAGCCCUCAGGAGAGGACGAUGCAGCACAUGGAAACAAGGAAACUUCUGCAAUUGAAAUUGAAGAGAAGGAACCUGAGGAUAGGGAGAUGACUCUUGACGAGUAUGAGAAGAUUCUAGAGGAGAGAAGAAAGGCUCUUCAGGAUUUUAAAACCGAGGAGAGGAAAGUUGAUGUGAAAGAGUUUGUAUCUAUGCAACAACUUACAAACAAGAAAACUAAUCAGGAUGUAUUCAUCGAAUUGGGCUCUUUCAAGGAUAAGAAAAAAGAAUUGGCCGAGAAGGAAGAGAGAGCCAAAAAAAAGUCUGUCAGCAUUAACGAGUUCUUGAAGCCUGCUGAGGGUGAAAAAUUUUGUACUCCUGGUGGCCGCGGUCGUGGACGUGGUCGUGGUUCCAGAGGAGGUUACAGUUGGAGGUGUGGCCGGCGGCAGGGAGUGUCGGUUGUUGAUGCUAUAAAGCUACUAUGAUUGGGAUUGUCAUUUGGUU